AUCGGCCCACGGCCCUGUCGCUGGCGGCGCUGGAGUCACGAGUGGUUUCCGCUGGUUUCUCCUGUGUGUUUAUCUCCUCUCCUUCCACGUUCAUUAACGCCGAGGCAGUUUGCGCCCCGUGGAGUUUUUUUUAGUUUCAGUUUUAAGGUCGUCGUGUUUGUUGUUUUUUUUUGUGUGUGUAUCUGUAAAAAAGAAUGAGCGACAACGAUGACAUCGAGGUGGAGAGCGACGAAGAACAGCCGAGGUUUCAGACAGCGGCGGACAAACGAGCACACCACAAUGCAUUGGAGCGCAAACGCAGAGAUCACAUUAAAGACAGCUUUCACAGUUUACGUGACUCCGUACCAUCACUCCAGGGUGAAAAGGCAUCCCGUGCCCAAAUCUUAGAUAAAGCUACAGAGUAUAUUCAGUAUAUGAGGCGGAAAAACCACACACAUCAGCAGGACAUUGAUGACCUGAAGCGACAGAAUACUCUGCUUGAGCAGCAAGUACGUGCAUUGGAAAAGGCACGAGCAGCUGCUCAGCUACAAGCAAACUUUUCAUCCUCUGACAGCAGUUUGUACACCAAUCCCAAGGGCAGUGCAGUUUCUGCCUUUGAUGGGGGUUCUGACUCAACUUCAGAGUCAGAAACUGAAGAACCCCAGACCAGAAAGAAACUGCGAAUGGAGGCAAGCUGAGCCUGUUCAGGCAAUAAACUGGCUGGCUUUUACUAGGGAUUCUUGUGUAUAGCUUUACUUUUCAGUUUGUCUUCUGUCAGACCCCUUUGCGUUGUAAGGAUUAUAAAUGAUGCUGUUAAAUGGAUAGCAUCUUGUUUCAUCAGUAGAAGGACUCCCUGCUCUUCCUCGAAGUUACAAAAUGGCAGCUGUCAAACUAUUAUGGACUCCAUCUGCUGUUGAAGGAACUUUGCAGCAGUUCUUAAGACUUAUUCAUUAAUGGCACCCAGUGGAAAAGGACUAGUCUUGAAAUUGUAUGCUAUUGAAAGAAUAAGGAAGCAAGGCACAUGUUAUUUGAUACAUUGUUAAUCUGUUUGGUUGUGUAUUUCAAACUUUUCUGAUAUGACUAGUUUUUAAAUUUUGCUUUGAGAGCCUUUUGCCUUUAUUCAAUUAUGAAACAAGUUCAGUAAAACUUGACUAAAGUUUGACCUUAAAGUCAAGUUGCAUUUCAUUUUUCCAAUGUCUCGCAGAUUAAAAGUAUUCAAAUAUUCUGUGCCUUGAAUUGCUUUUAUGUGACUCUACAAAAAAAAAUGAUGGAACAGCUUAAGUGCCCCUAAAGGAAAGUUUAAUACUGAAAUGUCAACUGUCAGUACAUCCAAAAAGGGUAUGUUAAGUUCAUGUUUUAGCAGGAACUGAAAUAAUUGUAUUUAAGCCUCAGUUUGCAUAAUACAAUGUACAAAAUUAAAUUGAUUUGCAAAACUUCUAAUUAUUGAUGUUUGAACAAUCAACUGGCUGCCAGGCACCAUUCAGGCUGUGUCAGGGGUGUGUGUACAUUUGUCUGUCUCUGCCUUUUCAAUUACUGGUCUAAGCUUAAACUAGGUUGUAGUAUUAUGUAGAUUUGUCUUUGUUGUUAUUUGAUUCCAUUCCAUGGAAAUUACAGGUAUGUUGUACAUACUGCCAAGAAUUGUCUUGCAAGUUGAGGCUGACCUUUACUAUAAGACGAUAAAUAAAAACUAUUUUAUCCUUG